UAAUGGAGAAAGCUCCAAGAGGAUACAUGAGGACUUUUAGUAUGUUAUCAAGGUUGCUGAAGAGAGUGCAUACGCUAAUGUUUGGCUUUUUACUAAUUUUUUCAGACCUAUUUUCUAUUUUGAUUGUACUAUUUGGUGUCAUCUCCGUGAAAUUCGAGUACCUGCUUGAGCUGCGUAGUUGAAUAAUUAUUGCAGGAAUGCAGUUUCGUUUUCACGAAACAAAAGGUUGCUUUUGAAGCAGGAAAGUGAGCCACGCUUGUCCAUUUUGAAACGUUUUCUCGAGCAAAUCCAGCUUAAAAGUUAAGCAGAAUUUGUCAAGAUGGUGAUGUCUAGAAGUACAGCAGUUGGGUCGAUAGUAACAGGCUCUAUCAUGCUCGGUUUUGCAAUUCUUGCCGUGAUAUGUGGCGCAAUUUCAGCCAGUAAGCUGUCUGGUGAGGUUGCAGCCUCGGCUGGUCUGUGGUCGCUCUAUGUAAGUAUUAAGCCUUGUUCAUGUCCAAGUCUUACGCCUAAAACUUACGUAGCCCAUGUUGUUUAGAGCUUGAGUUUCGUUUGGUCGCAAUUUUCGAAGGCUUGAUUGUCAGACCUUGUCAUUGACAUUCUUCGAAAGUCUGGUUGCCCGUGAAGUGUUAAAUUAAGCAAAUACGUUUUCUCAACUUGUAUAGCAAUGUAGGAAUCUAUCGUUUAUAGUCCUAUUUUGGCUACAAUCAUCGUGUGCUCGCGACCACCACGACUAAAUCCAAACGAAAGGCGUUAUAAAGCUCAGUAAAUUCUGCUUCUCUUUUGCUAUUUUAAUGGCGACUGUUUGCCAAUGCCCAAUGGCGAUGUAACUAUAAUUGUGAGUAUAUAAUCAUUAUAAGUUAAUUUACAGUUAAAUAUUUGAAAAAAAUGUUAUCACAUCGCUUAGAUUUUUCACGUCAGUUUCAAAAAAGUAUUCCAGAAAUGGCGAAUUUGGCCUUCGUGAGAAAGGCUAAUUGUUUUAGGCUAAAUGAUCGACCAUAACGAACAACAUAGAAUAUGUACUCAGACAUUGACAAUUAUAUAAGCUCCCUUCCGGUUAGUUUGCUACAGUGGAAAUUUUUACAUUUGCUUUUUGAGACGAACUUGAAUUUCCCGGCGGUUAUUUCAUCUCGAUUCCUACCAGGAAUCUGGUUAUAUUUGACUAGGAUAUCCCUGUUGAAAUAACCAUACUAUGCUAGGUGGAUAAAUAACCAGGAUUCCCUAGUCAUUUAUCCACUGGGAAAUUUAAUCAGGAAUAUAAGUUAGCCAAUAGACCUUUCCUCUUAUGAGUGAAAUAUUGAUCUAGACAAGCCUGGACAAACAUUUCAUCACAGCUUGAAAGAGCAUCACAAAAUUAGUAAUAUUCGGAAGUUUCGUUGGGAAAUGUUGUGAAAUGCGGAUAAUCUAGCCUUGCGAAGUUUGCCGUUUUUCAGUCAUUUUUGUAUUACAAAUGCAUUGGAAAUUGAUAAUCAGUUUGAUCAUCUGAUUAUCAUGCAAUUUCCCGUUUGUAAUACAAAAUGACUGAAAAACGGCAAACUUUGCAAGGCUAUAUUAUCCGCAUUUCACAACAUUUCCCAACGAAACUUCCGAAUAUUACUAAUUUUGUGAUGCUCUUUCAAGCUGUGAUGAAAUGUUUGUCCAGGCUUGUCUGGAUCAAUAUUUCACUCAUAAGAGGAAAGGUCUAUUGGCUAACUUAUAUUCCUGAUUAAAUUUCCCAGUGGAUAAAUGACUAGGGAUGAAAUUUUGUCCAGGCGUAUCUAGAUCCUGUCCAGGCGUAUCUAGAUCAUGAUGCAAAUUUCACUCAUAAAGGGAAAGGUCUAUUAGGGCCAGGAUCAUAGGUUGUAUCCGCUGUUUUUAGUACGGUGUAUCAUGAUUUCUUUUCAUUCUAGUUUGCUGUGCCCGGAAUACUCUGUAUUGUGGCAGGUGCAACCAAAAGUGGCAUUGUGGUAAGGGAUAGUUGUCUUAGAUUCAAAAACUGAUUGACGGUCU